UUGUAAAUAAGUGUUUAAAAAGCAAUAUAAUUUACGCUCAUAAAAUGGGCUUUAAUUUUGUGUAGAUAGAGUAAAUAAUCAUAAUUCAUGGGAUUUUAGGUAUUUCGCAUGCAAUUCUUCAGUAAAAAGAUUGAAGGUUAAGUUUUACAAUGGAGGCAAAUAAACAAACAAUUGAAGAAACCUCGGAAGAAUCAAAUAAAGCAACAAUGAGUGAGGAUAAUAAAACUUCGGACAAUACAGAUGUCGAAAUGGAAGAAGCCGAUAUGGAAACAAGCGAGGCGAGCAAGGAGGCAAUAGCCAACGCUUUUAUAAACAUAGACGAUAGAACAGAUAUAUACUUGAUGGAUUCGGAAACUAAACAAGUAGACGAAGCGUGCGGUCCUUCGGAUGAGGCCGACGACAGUAACAAAAAGAGCGAAUUCGCAUCUGUAAAUUUGGACGAUAUGAACGCGGAGACGACGAACGUUGAGGACGAGGUACAAGAUCCAAUCGAUGACCCCAUGGAUGUUUCUCAGGAUGGAUUUGAUGUAAAAGACUCUGAAUUCGUUGCUGAGAGCACAGCGAUACUCCAACGGGACUCGGACACACAAACGGACGAUAACAGUUCCGGCAUGGAUAAAGUGAAAGAGUUCGAGGAUGAGACUAUACUCCCGAGCGACGACGAUAAGGAUAAGAAGUACACUAUAAGUCAUUUUCAGGAGUCCACUGAGAAAGAUUGCGGGGUUUGCGAGAAGAAGUUUAUACCUAAGUACCUUGCUCAGAGAUCCGUGGAUUCUAUGUACAUAUGCAAUGAUGAAUGUUUGGAGACUUUCAAGCAGAAGAACGUUGAUAAUUACGUGGAGAAAAUACUCAGAUUGAAGGCGUUCGCAAAAGCAGAUGAGAACACGACUUCCGAAGAAGCGCCUUUUACCAUUGAGGAAAUGUCUAAGGAUAUUGAGAACGAGGUCGAGUCGGACGAUUACUGUAUAAAUAAAGAUCCUUUGAGGAAGUGUGGAAGUUGCAGGAAGCAGUUUGAUAUUGAUAACUACGUUUCGUGGGAGGCCAUCGACUUUUGCAACGAGAGUUGCUUGAUCAUCUUCCAGAAGACUAUCAACAAAGACUGCGCUAAAUGCAGGUGUUUAGUCCCCGAUAAUCUUUUGGCCAAAUUUUGCGUUCGCUUCGGUAAUACGAUAACGCAAUUUUGCUCAACGACGUGCCUCCUCUGCUACAAGAAAACGUACAAGUUUUGCGCGUAUUGUCAGGAGGAUUUAAGGGAAUUGUCCGGACCAACGAAAAAUUUCUGUUCGAAACGAUGCAUGCAAGUUUGUAGUCCGGACAAAGUGCCUAAAGACUCGAAUCGUUGCGCCGUCUGUCAUCUAGUUAAAACUGUGGAAGUGAAAAUUCGGAAGGCGGAUAAGAUUUUCUGUUUUUGCGGCGAACCGUGUUUCGUUGCUUACAAAUUCGUUAAUAACGCAAAUCCGGUGAAAUGCGAGUCGUGUCCAACAUACUUCGAGCCCAGAUUCGAUGAUCCUCUUAUAUAUUCGGAAACCGGCACGCACAUGAUUUGUUCGAAGGCCUGCCAGAAAAUCUUCCUAAUAACGAACAGGAAGAUCGUCACAUGCUGUUCAUGCUCGGUGAAAAAAUACAACUUCGAUAUGGUGAAACUGUUCGAGAAAGGUUGCGACAUUGUUUACAGCUGUUCGAAUAACUGCCUUCAAGUGCAUUUCGAGCGUAGCUACGAGGUGAAGUUCCUGAGGCAGACCGAACCAAACCUGAAGCAACUGGAAGGCGUAGCAAAGAAUUCAGAGUUCGUAGUUAACAACAAGAGCCUCUACGACAUAAUCAAAAUGACUUCCAAGCAAAACAAAGUGCCCAUCCACAAGAUCACGCUGACCAGGCCGAUUCCUCCAAUUAAGCAGAGGAAUGUUGCCACAAUGUGCAAGCCGAAUCUCUCCUCGAAAUCGACGAGUAUAAAACCUACGCUUGUAUCAGUGGAAACACAAACGCACGAGCAAAGUAAAUACUUUGUGCCUGUCCCUUGUCCAGUUCACGUUCCCUUGCCAUUGCACAUGUACACUGAAAAUAUUCCGAUGCCUGUGCCCAUUCCCAUACCACUUCCGGUUCCCAUCUUCAUACCGACCGGAAGGAAGUCCAUUGCGGGGAUCCAGAAGGAAAUAACGAAAAUCAAGAAUCGCGUACCAGCUGAUCCCCUCGAAGCUGAGCUCCUCAUGAUGGCGGAAAUGGCGGCAGGCGAAACCAAAGAAAACACUUCGUCUGAAAGCGAAACGGAUGAACCUGCUAAACCCGCAGAAGAGACUUUCCAACCGGAUGAAACGACGAUGGAAGCAAGCACUUCGUUCGGCGAAGACGUACUCACUAUGGCUCUGAAGAUGGCGAGCGAUUUCGAAGAACCAUCCGAUUUGCAUGCAGCCUCCUCGCCCGUUGAUCCACAAUGCUCUUCGGAUCUGGAGAAGAAGAAAUCCAAGUUGAAGUCCCCGAAGAGACAAGUGACGCCGCCUUCGCAAUCGACUAGCACAGACGAGGAAAAGCCUGAUACCAAUUUGUGUUUGAAAUACACGUUCGGGGUGAACGCCUGGAAACAAUGGGUAACGAUGAAAAACGCUGAAAUUCAAAGGACGCAGAAGACACCGAAACUAUUCAAAAAUGAUAUUUUGCAGUUAACUGCGGACGAUUUGAAUUUCUCUUUGUGUCUUUUCGUUAAAGAGGUGCGGAAGCCGAACGGGGCGGAAUACGCGCCGGAUACGAUUUACUAUCUGUGCCUUGGGAUUCAGCAAUACUUGUACGAGAACGGAAGGGUCGACAACAUUUUCUGCGAUUCGUUCUACGAGAAGUUCACGAACACCUUCAACGAGGUCUGCCAGAAGUUCUCGAAUCUCUACAACAACUCCCAGUUCAUCGUGACGAGAGUCGAGGAGGAACACCUUUGGGAAUCGAAGCAGUUGGGCGCUCAUUCACCUCUGGUUCUUCUAAACACUCUGAUGUUCUUCAACACCAAGCAUUUCAGUUUGACGACGGUGGAUGAGCAUCUGCAGUUGAGUUUCUCGCACAUUAUGAAGCAUUGGAAAAGGAAUUCGAAUAAUCCUGGAUCACGACACGUACUUCUACGAUUCUAUCCCCCGCAAAGUGCAGAUGGUAACAGGAAGAAACGCGUGUACGAGCAGGCUGAGAACGAAGUUAAUCCGCUCCGUUGUCCUGUUAAGUUAUACGAAUUCUUUUUGUCGAAAUGCCCCGAAAGUGUGAAGACUCGAAACGAUGUGUUCUAUCUACAACCCGAGAGGAGCUGCGUUCCGGACAGCCCCGUCUGGUACUCGACGAUGGCCAUGCCGAAGAAGCCCUUGGAGAAGAUGCUGAAUAGGGUUAAAAUGGUCAAGGAAAUAAAUGUAGCGCUGCUCACGACGUAA